CGACGCAUCACGUUUCUGACACCAGCCAGAGGGUUUUACCUUGAAGGACACGUGAUUUCAAAUCAUUCUGUGGAACUAAAUCUUGACUGCCAAGACCAAUGCGCCCUUGCGAGGGAAUGUGUUUCUUAUAAUAUUGGUCCAAUGAUAAACACCAAGAUGGCCUGUGAACUGAGUAACUCAGAUCACUUGCAACACCCAGAGGAUCUCAAACCAAGAAAAGACUUGACCUACAGAGGCACAGAGGUAUUUAUCCCCUCCUAGAUGAAUUUUGAACCAUCUCAUCAUAGUGGUGGAUUUAUGACGAUUCUAAGCCAGUGAUGAAAAAGAUGAUAAAAAUGACGGUGUUGGCGGCAUAUGCAAUGUGCUAUAAUUCUAUAAUUUAUUCCAAAUUUAACAACUUACAUAAUGCAUAAUUGCUGAAGCUGAUCCAGUGAAUAAUUCAUUGCAACUGUUUUCCUUUUAACAGAAUCUUUGCGCCACUGAGCCCUGCCUGAACAACGGAACGUGCUACAUGGGAUAUACCGUAAAGAAGUACAUUUGCGCAUGCCCAGCUGGCUUCAAAGGGGAAAAUUGCGAAAUAAAAGGUACUUUCAUCAGAACAUUAAGCUACCUGAAGGGGUAGGGGGUUAUCAGUUAUGGUUUUUGCGCUCUCUCCUCUUCUGUCGUCCUCCAUCUAGUCAGCUAAGCCAUUUACAAGUUUUCUUCCUUUAUCUUCUUUUUUGUAAUAAAUUUAAAGUCAUACAAAAGAGAAUAAGGCAAAUAUCAACACAUAGUUCGCAGUAUUUAUUCCUUUUUUCCAGUUUACAAGAUCUACGAUGAUUUUGCCAAGUAGGACAACGAUUAAACAGCAAUGAGGGUGUAUAUACUUAGCCUGUGUACAGAUGCCCCCUCAGUAAAAAAAGAUUCCCCUUUCCCGGUUUUUUACUAAGAGGAGGGGGCGUAUGUAUACCGGCUAAGUACAUACUGUCACCGAACACAGCCGAUGGGAGAUGGAUUGGACACUCUAAAAAUGACUUGAUGGGGGCUUGGUACUACUGCACACCGUAUUAGCGAUCUACUCCAAUCCGUUUGUUGGCUUUGUUUGUAAGUGAUGUUUUAUUCAAAUACAGUUAGUAGUAAAUAUAGUGGCUGCUAAUAUCACGCCUAUCAUAUUGCGUUAAAGUGAUAAAGCUUGGAAACGCUACACUGUUCAUUCAUUCAGUUAAUUCAAGUUCGCAGAAAUUGUGCUGAGGUCUAUGAUGCCGGUUUUCGAACCAGUGGUGUCUACACUAUCGACCCUGAUGGUGCUGGAGCCUUUGAUGUGUACUGUGACCAAACAGACAGCCGGUGGCGGAUGGACUGUGUUCCGAAAGAGACUGGACGGCUCGGUAGAUUUCUAUUGCGGCUGGGACGACUACAAACGAGGCUUUGGAAUCUGAAUGGUGAGUUUUGGCUCGGGCUGGACAAGAUUCAUCGACUAACUAAAGGACGCAGCAGGCUUUGGGUUGAUCUGGAAGACUUCGACAACCAAACAGCUUACGCUGAAUACCACUCAUUUGGUGUUGGUGAUGAACAGAGCAAGUACAAGCUUGAACGUCUUGGACAAUGUGCUGGUAAGACACAACAACAUAGUUAA